UUUAAUGACAAAUAUUAAAAUUAUUAAAAUAAAAUAUUAAAAUUAUUGCAUAUUUAAUUUAUAUUUAUUUAUUUAUUGAAUACUAUUUUGUAUACAAGAUUUAAUUUUGCGAUUGAUAAUAAUUCUGGAUAUUUAUUUAUUUAUGUGACGUGAGGAUGAAGAUACUAUUAUAAUUUAUGCAAUCUGAGCGAGAAACGUGUUGCGCAGAGCGCAUGUAUGUUUAGGGUGAUUGUAAUUUUAUUAAAAAAGUGCGAUUAUUCUGUUAAUUGCAUGAUAUAUUUUUAAAUUGAUUGUACAGAGUACGUCAGUAAAAGAUUUUAUGACGUCACGCGGGUUUCUCCCAAGUAAGGCAGCGCAAUGAGUCAGCGUACGACAUAAGCAUUUAUGUAAUCAAAAUCCUGUUGAAAACAUAAAACAAUAAGAACAAGAAAAGAAGUUCAUUUUUUAAUUAAAAAUAUGAAUUACGUUACUCUCAUUGUGAUAAAUCAAAUAUUUUAUAACGGAUGAAAUUAUAAAAGACUGCCUGUCAUAGAAAAAAUAAAUGUUAUCUCGUAUAUAUAAGAAAGUGAUUUAUGGCUUAAGAAUCAUCUUACGGUGCGAAAAAACAGAGAUUGGUGACUAAAGAAUCGUGUCCCCUAAUAUGGCUAUGACGCACGUUGGUUUAUAUAAGAUGGAAAUGAAAGUUCAGUGACUUCCUCCCUCCGCGAUGCACCUUCCGUUUCCAUUUCUCAAGUCUACCUAGUUCCUGUUCUUAUUCCGGGCACCACUUUCACUCUCAAUUUUUCCAAAUCUUCUCGUUCGUUGUUCUGGGAAUGACUUACGGAUUCUAUCCCCUCUCUGAACUCGGUAAUACAUUCAUAUAAAUACAAAGAUGGUGUGUCAAAGCGUGUCAUUUAACUUUCGGUUGAAACGGUGUCCAGUACGUAUUGUGAAAAAUUCAUAGUCCAUUGGUAUUCAUUGAUUGCCAAACGUCUAAUUUAUAUAAUUCUUCCUUUUUACUCUGGUUCUCAAUUAGUAAGGUGGUGUAAAGAAAAGAGCAGAAUGCAACUGCAGCGGUUGUUGGUAAUUCCAGGAAUUCUUUUGGUAUUGUCUUUGUUGGCAUGCUGUCAGUCUGCUGGGAAAAUUACGUUUCAGGAUUCUGAUACUGAACAUCAGAUAGAUACACAAGAAAAUCUCAAAAAACCGUCAUCGCAACAGAGAGGGUUUAAUCCUGUUCAACAUGUAGAAGAUUUAUUCAAUUAUAUUGGUCUUGGAACUGGGCGAAAUAUUGAUCCGUACUUGGCAAAGGUUAAUGAACGUUGUUUAACUGGUGAUUUAGCGGAAUGUUUCAAAUCACGAGCAUUAAAUUAUUUUUCGGAUUUUUUCGAUCAUGCCGAAUAUUCCUUAAACGAUAAUAUUCGAAUUAAGCGAAUGUCUGAACAAGUAGUAACGGAAGUACAUCGUCAGCCGUACGAAUAUUCCAACGAGCCUAGAUCCGGAGAAACAGAAUGGGAUGAAAUGGUUAAUUUUAUGAAAAGGAAGAUGGAAAGAUUUGUUAAAACAAUGUCUUUUGAAUUGACCAUUCCUGAGGAAGAGAAUGAUCUUAAUGAUGCGUAUAAACCAAGAUUUUUAAAUGAAAUCGCUGAUGAAAUCGAUACACUUGAAGACAAGAAGGAUACACUAUUCUCUCGUCAUCGACUCAGGAAAUUUCUUAUACCGUUCUUGCUUAUUGUAAAACUUUUCAAGGUGAAGCUAUUACUAUUAUUGCCUUUGAUUUUGGGAUUAGCUUCAUUCAAAAAAUUCCUUGGACUAUUGGUGAUCCUCAUACCUGGUAUAAUAGGUUUUUUGAAGUUUUACAAACCGUAUCCAAAUUAUUAUCCUCCAGUGUACACUAAAAACGGAGUCGCUCAAUCUCCUUACGAUUCAUAUUCGAACUUUGAUUAUCAUGGAGAUCAAUAUGGAAAUAUAAAUUCCUAUGGUCAAGAUUUGGCAUACCGUGGAUACCAGCAUUAUAAAUCCUAA